AUGCUGGUCUUGGCGCAUCGUCUCAUGAAGAGAUAUAUUGUAGCCAAUGGUAUCGCCUGCUCGGCCCGGCGUUGGUGGUUUUCUCGCCUGAGGCGAUUGCUCCAGGAGGGUCUAUUGGAUUGGUUGUUAUUUAUAUCGGUUGGCCAUGAAGACGAGGAUAUCGAGAAACAGCGAAAGGCCUUAAUUCAAUCAGUUCUGGGUGAAGAUAAAGGCGUUAUUGCAGAAGAUACGACUCGUGGCGCUGCCUCGUGUAAGGAGUUGCUGUUGAGAGAUGGAUCAUCCCAACGAACCAGCUAUUUACUUACAUCGUUCGCGAUACUUGGUUGUCCUGCCCCUCUGGACAAGGAUGACAUGAAUACGCUGCUUUCCGAUGAGUUCUGCAGGUUGGUACAGCUUCUGGUUGAUCACCAAACCGAAUUUUCAGAUGUUGCAGACCAAAGCCAGUUGGACUCGGAGGCGGCGGAAGGUACAUCAGUAAUACCCUCGGAUUUGGGUGCCAUCAUCGAUACUCUCUCAAAUGUUCUUCGGAUGUGCGCAGUGUAUUAUAAAUACUUCGGUUGUAUCCCUGAGAAUUUAUCGUUGGAUGCAGCCGUCAAGACCUCAGAUCCGGCAGAUGGGGACAGUUUUUAUGCUCUUAUUGUUCGCUCGUCGUAUCUGCGCCGUGAGAUACAAAAACUUAUGUUAGUACUUGACACUGAAGUGUGUGCACCAGAACAUCUGAAAGGAGAGCAUGCUAACUGCGAUAAAUAUGCAACGGUUUUCAGUAAUGGCCAAAUUCUCGAAGAGCUGCUUCAGAGUAUCCUAUUGGGUAGGUUUGCGCUUCAUAUUCUCCUAGCCCUACUCAUCACGAACUUGGAACGCACAUCGAUGGUGUACUCCAUGGAGGAGGCGUUUUGGCGCAGGUGGCUUAGCGCCGCAGCUGCGCCAGAUGCCGGAAACGCACUUUUUCGAGCCCUCUUCCAAUUCAUGCGUGAGUUUCAUAGAAGUGAUCCCAUCAAACAAGUGGGUCUACUUCGUCUACUUCAUGUCUGGGUGCAUUCCCUGGACCCGGGCAAAGUAAUGACCCCUCUUCGUGCUUGCCUAUUAGAGCGUCAUAUAUUUCCUCACAUUCUUACAGACCGUAGCCGGUGCUGCCCGCGGAGUGUGGUAGAUGGUAUGGUACUGCUCCUGAUCAAUACACUCAGUCCGAUUCCACCUACGCAGAGCAAUACCUGCGAUGUCGCCAUUUUCAAGUGGACUGUGCACACCCUCACGGAAGCUUGGACUACUGUUCAUAGCUGGCACGCAGAGUCAUUCCAAGAAACGACCGCACGCGAUUUGAUCCCCUCAAGGACUAAUCCUCUCCUACCCCUGAAUAUCCUUGUGCUGCUGCACCUUCUUCUAGAGCGGGCACAUGGUCGGGAAAUGUCUGAGCGCUACAGUGAGGUUCUUUUGCCGGUAUUGUCCAACAUACAGAGCACGGCGAUUCGUCAGGAUAUGCUGAACGGAGAUGUGAUAGGGUUUCAUGCGGCCACCGUAGCACUAUUGUGUGGUUUGCUCAAGGAUCGACUUCAGAUUGAUUCGGCUCGAAUUUUGGGUAUCAAGAGGAUCAACGGGGGUGGAUCCUUUGCCAUGGCAACUGCGUCUCUUAGGAAGUGUUGGAUUUGUCUCCCAGUUCUUCAGUGCCGUCGGCUUGUCCACCACGAGUGUAAAGAAUGCCGAGAUAGCGAAGAGAAAACGGCGUUGCUUCUCUGCUUGAAGGCCCAGGUGAUAAGUGCGUUUCGGUUCAUUUUCCUUUUCCACACCGACCGUGCAGAUGCUAAUACGGGAGAGGUAGAAUGUGUCUGCGAUGGUGCCUUGUGCCCCGACGACGAGUACCACGCGUCCCUCUGUCUUUUGAACUGGUGCAUGGAACUGGUGCUAGCGCGGGACGUUGUAUGGGCAGAACCCUCCUGUCACGUAAUCUACACGCUAUUAAAUCACUACCGCGCAACUUUGGCAACCUCACAGGAGGUUCUCGCGAUUUAUCUGUGUUGUUUGAGAUGUGGCCCCUCAAUGCUAUCUGCAACACAGCUGGGAGUGUUGCUGUCUGCUCUUCUUUACGUGGCCCCGCAUCUCCCGUGGACACCAAACGGAGAUGCAGUGCACAAGCUUGUACACCAUUUCCUCACGACGGUGGACCCCACCGUUCUGCCUUCGGAUCUAACGUGUAGCCAGCCUUCUCAGAAGACUAACCAAACAGAAGUGUUGUUAACUACACUCGGUGGAGCUAGUGCCACUGUCAAGAUGUAUGAGGUUCUUAGCAGCGCAUGUCGAUAUUACGGACAAAUCAUUCCUCAGGCCCCACCGCUAUCUCUGCAUCGAUUGACUGACUUCCUUGCUGUUUCGUCAUGUAGUGCGGAAGGAUCCUCUUCAAUACACUUAUUUGUACAAAAUCAAGCGCAUGUUAAUCUAUUUGUGAAAUACGCCUCCCUUCAAUAG